AUGUCAGGUCCGCCCUUUACGGUCCGCUCGGUCUUCGAGUACGCUUCGGGCCACGAUGAUGAUCUCAACUUCCCGAUCGGUCAAAUCGUGACCGUCACCGCCCUGGAGGAUGACGAUUGGUACUACGGCGAAUACUCAGACGCCCAGGGGGCCAAGCAGGAGGGCAUCUUUCCGAAAAACUUCGUUGAGAAAUACGAUCCUCCGGCCCCUCCGAGACCAUCUCGACCCAGACCCAAAAAGGAGCCCGAGCCGGUGCCAGUCGAGUCCCCCGUGGUCGAAAGCAAGCAGGCUGAGCCCGAGCCCGAGCCAGAGGUGCAGCCCACCGAGGAAGAUUAUGAGAUUGCAUCCCCGCAGUCACCUAUGCCCCAGUCCCCUCCUUCGCGCGCGACUGCCCCUAUAGCAGAAGCUGCAUCCUCACCCCCGCAGCCGGCAAAGGCGCCCGCUCCCGCCCCUCCCGUGGCCCCAACUGAAUCCGCAGCCAAGGUACCCUCAAAACCUGCGCCCCCAGCUGUAGCAGAGAAGCCUUCGGGGUCCUCGUUCAGGGAUCGCAUUGCUGCCUUCAAUAAACCUGCAGCAGCACCAGUGACGCCAUUCAAACCAGGCGGUUCCCAGCCAUCCUUCAUCAAGAAGCCUUUCGUCGCGCCGCCUCCUAGCCGGGACGCCUACAAGCCUCCACCAAGAGAACCUGCACCCAAGAUCUACAAAAGAGACGAGGAUCCCGAUGUAAAGGAACAAAUUGCCCGCGAGCCCCCGGUCUCUGAAAGCCGGCCUGCUCCCGUUGAAGGCGAAGAGGGCGCGGAGGACCAGCCCAAGCCAACUAGUCUGAAAGACCGAAUUGCGUUGCUCCAGAAGCAGCAAUUAGAGCAAGCUCAGCGUCAUGCCGAAGCAGCUCAGAAGAAAGAAAAGCCCUCCCGCCCUGCUCCUAAGAAGUCGAUGGAUGAACAUGUGGCUCCCACAGUCGUCGACGAGGAACAAGAGGCACCCUCUGUCGAAGAAUCGACGGCUGUCCGAGAUCCUAGUGUUGAUACAUUGAGGGCUGCAGCCCCUCAUGCACAGCCCGUUGCGCCAUUCUCGCCUACCCAAGAAGUCGCGAGUGACGCCAAUGACGCCGACUACUCCGCUGCUGCAGACUCCGAGGAUGCAGGCGAAACAUCCACUAGUAAGGAUGACGAGGAAGAUCAGCCUCAGCCUCGUCCCGUCGCCCAGCGUCAGCCGUCGACUCGCGCAGUCGAGCAACCUCGUCCGGUCUCCCAGCGUCAACAGUCGACUCGCGCAGUCGAGCAAACUGCCGUGGCAAACGUUGAAGACGAGGGCGAAGCAGAAGAAGAGGAAGAGGAGGAAAUGGAUCCCGAAACCAAGCGCAGAAUGGAACUGCGUGAGCGAAUGGCCAAGAUGAGCGGCGGCAUGGGUAUGAUGGGUCUCUUUGGCCCGCCUGCUGGAGGUAUGCCAGGCAUGUCUGGUGCCGCUGGUGCUCGCAAGCCCAAGACUCCCGGCGAGUCAGAGAAGAGGCUUGGGGAGCUUGAAUCUGAGCCCACUUCGCCUGCCAAUGCGCCCCCGGUUCCUAUGAUUCCCCUUCCUGGAAUGAACGUGGCUAGCAAGCCGGUGCCUCCUUCUACUGAAGUGGAGAAGGAAGAGGAGGAGCCUUUGGCAACUCCUCUCGCGGAACAACACUCUGCACGUGAGGUGCCAGACGUCGAGGAUGUCAUCCACGAAGGUGCACAGCCUCGUGCCUCUAUUGAUCGUCCGGUCCCGGCACCCCCAUCCCAAGAUCGUUCGGCGCCUCCUCCGCCUCCUCGAGAGUCAAGACCCGUCCCCACUGUCCCGGGUGAGCCACCGGCUUCCCCGCCACCAGUUCCUGCAGGUCGACCAGUUCCUCCUCUACCACGGCCCACAACUGCCGACAAUGGUGACGAGUCUGAUGAUGAAUUGUCGGUUCACACAUCUAGUCUGUCGUUGGAUACCUCGGCUGCUCCACCGGCCGUGCCUGCACCUGCGAUACCUGAUCAGAUUGACUCUCGCCGUGCCGAAACAUAUGACCCCGUGUCCUCUGCCGCUUCAACCCCUGCGGCUGAGAAGAGAGCUAGUCGUCUGCCACCCCCCAUUCCAGUCAAUCCACCCAUGCCACCAUUGCAGGGCCGCGCUCCCCCGCCCCCGCCCCCAGACCAGCUCCGUCGCCGAUCUACCGCUGAUAGUCGCAUAAGUGCGUUAUCUCCUCGACAAGCUGGAGAAGAAGCGGAAGGGGAAGUGACUGAAUAUGAUGGAGAUUACGACACCGAUAUCGCAUCGGGAGUGAAACACAAGGAUGCUCUGAAAGCCCACGAACGUGACUCCAGCUUUGACGAGGGUAUUACCACCGACGACCAUUCCAUCCAGUCCCCGCGCAGCCCCCAGGAAUCCCGGCAUCCCCCACCACCUCCACCCACGGCUCCCAGGGCAGUUCCGCCUCCACCCCCAAAUCAGCCGCCCCGGAAUGCCCGUGCGUCUAUUGACACACCUAGGGGACCGCCUCCUCCUCCCCCGCACAGAGAUCCCGUCAGCGAUGAUGAUGCUGAGUAUGACCCUUUCAACUACUCCGCUCCCCGACAUGGUCUCCCCACUUCUCCGCCUCUCCCGCUCGGUCGCCCAGAGGCUCCUCCUCCUUUCCCACCGCAACAAGCGGCCGAUGAAUACGACGAUCUCUAUGAUGCACCCCCCGUGCAGAGCCCGGGAAAAGAAAGACCCUCUCCUUUGCAUGAGAAGCGUCUUUCACUGGCGCCUCUGCCUUCCCAAAGCCAGGCUUCGGGUUUGCCAUCUCCGUCCGCAGCCCGAACCCAGCGCGCAUCUAUGGAUCUUCUAAGAAAUCAGCCUAACGUUCGUCGGUCUAUGGAUGUUUCUCGCCCCUCUAUUGACCAAGGCUACAUCGCCACCGAUGUUGAUUUCGCCGAGUAUACCCUCUGGUGGACUAAACCCAACACCCCGCCUCCAGCGUUCCAGAAUCGCACUGAUCUGCUUUUCGAGGUCGAGGAGACUUCAUCCACAAACCGUGGCGGCAAAACAACAGUCUCGAAGGAUGUCUAUAUCCUGUUCCUCGAUUACUCCCAGACAGUCUUGAAUGUCCAAUUUGACCCCAAGAACCCUGCGGAUGCUUCUUUCGAGCAACGUCAUGAACCCCCACCGCUCCCGCUUCGCCAGGAUCAGCUCGAGCAGGCUCAUAUUCAGCUUGGAACGCGAAUCUCGGAAGCCGUCAACUCGAUCCAAAACUCUACUGUUGGAGAUGGCACUCCCUUCGGGCUGGUCCAGCACCUACUCAAUCCUCUUUCGGACGCGCUGCUUCCUGUGGGGACCCGCGGAUACGGUGCCUCGGUCUAUUCCAACCUGGCCAAUGCCUCCGUGUCCCAGAACGACGAAAUCCGCGCCGGUGACAUUGUCAGCUUCCGCAAUGCCCGAUUCCAGGGCCACCGCGGCACCAUGCACCAGAAAUACAGCGCCGAGGUUGGAAAGCCCGACCACGUCGGCAUCGUGGUCGAUUGGGAUGGCACAAAGAAGAAGAUCCGAGCCUGGGAGCAAGGCCGCGAGAGUAAGAAGGUCAAGAUGGAGAGCUUCAAGCUAAACGACCUCCGCAGUGGCGAAUGCAAGGUGUGGCGAGUGAUGCCCCGUAGCUGGGUGGGCUGGGAAGCCAGUAAGUAA